UUCUCUCUCUUAGCUUCUGUUUUACAGCAACUAACACAAACAAGAGAGAGGGAGAGAAGGAAGAGCAUGCAAACCCUGAAACAUGACUUAUUUUUUCUCACUUUUGACCCUCCAAUUUUGCUUAAUUCACAUUCACUCCCCAUCUGCUACUCCCUUUCAUCUAUCACUCUGUCUUUGACUUUUCAUAAUCAUGGCAAAAGCAAUAGCAGAAGCAGAAGCAGCAGAGCCUCCAAUUCAAGUCUUCUCAGACGUUCAAACAGUUCUGGAUUUUCUACGUAAAAAUGGGCUAAAUGAAGCGGAGUAUGCUCUUAAAGAGGAUAUAAUUGAGAAAAAUGAACUGGGUUCUUUUGAUUUCGAGAAAUUCUUGUUUGUUUUACCUCCGGUUAGGAUUCCGGCGAGCUUCCGGCGACCGGAUGAAGGUAGUGGUUUUGGUGGUGGUGAAGGGUCGAGAUCGAGUUCUGGUUCUGUUUCUGGUUCAGAUGAGGAAUUUGUUAGCUUGGUAUCUUCUACUAGUGAUUUGUGCUCUUCCGAAUUUACAAAUCCAUAUGGACUUCGUUCUGCAUCUCAAGCUAAUUCAGAAACAUCAUCGGAUAGAUUGUCUCAGUUUGGCACAGCACGUGAUUACCCUCACCUUGAUUUGCAAAAUGAUCUCUAUUGGUAUGAUGAGAGAGAUGAGGGCAACUUCAUGACUCCAUCCUUCAAUGGGCCAGACUACUUUGGUGGUCCAAGCGAGGAUAAAUUUGUCACGACAUCAGAGGCAGUAAACCACUUUGAAAAUCCACUGAGUUUAUAUAAUAAAGCCAAAGGAUUUGAAGCAGAAGCAGCCAAUGAUUUCUUGGAUAAGCCUUGUCUUUUUAAUAUGACAUCUGUAAAAGAUAAGAAUGAAGCUCAAGCAAUGGAUUCUUAUCAUUUUGAUAAUGGAAACCAUCCUGAAGGAGACAUUGAGAGGAGUGAUGGUUCAGUUCCUGUUUGCAAAUCUUGCGCAAGGGAAGAGGGAAAUUAUGGUAGGGAUCCUAUUGAUCACAUCCAUUUAAUUUUCAAAAAUACUGAUUUGAGUGACUUUCAGCUGACAGUUGGAGAUAUUCCCACUGAUUGUGAUAUAGCCUUGGGACAUGGAAAAAACAAGAAUGGCUACUACUCUUCAAAAGCACAUUUCAAAAGCAACUGUUUUGAAAGUUAUAAAAGCUCCACCGAAAUCGUAUCAAAUGGAUUUGAUGACUAUGAAGUUAUAAAUGAUAGAGAAGCAAAUGGAGUAGCCGAUGAACUUCAGACUGCUGCCGAUGAAGAAAGUGAAGUUAAUGUAGAUGAGCUUCAGAUGUUCAAUAAUCAGGAGGAUGAAUAUGAAGUAUUCAAUCUGCGAAUCAUACAUAGGAAAAACAGGACAGGAUUCGAGGAAAAUAAGGAUCUGCCUAUUGUGCUUAACUCUGUCAUUGCAGGCAGAUAUUAUGUCACAGAAUACCUAGGUUCAGCUGCUUUCAGUAAAGUUGUUCAGGCUAAUGAUCUUCACACAGGAGUAGAUGUUUGCCUGAAGAUAAUUAAAAACGAUAAAGAUUUUUUCGAUCAAAGUUUAGAUGAAAUUAAACUUCUGAAGCUUGUGAACAAGCAUGAUCCAGCUGAUGAACACCACAUUCUGCGUCUUUAUGACUACUUCUAUCACCAGGAGCAUCUCUUCAUUGUUUGUGAACUCCUCCGUGCAAAUUUGUAUGAAUUUCAGAAAUUUAACCUAGAAUCAGGUGGUGAGCCAUAUUUCACUCUGAGCAGGAUGCAGGUUAUAACUCGUCAAUGUUUGGAGGCAUUGGAUUUCUUGCAUCACUUGGGAAUUAUACAUUGUGAUCUGAAGCCUGAGAAUAUUCUGAUAAAGAGUUACAGGAGAUGCGAGAUCAAGGUUAUUGAUCUCGGAAGCAGUUGCUUUCAGUCGGACAGCUUGUGCCUAUACGUACAAUCUCGUUCGUACAGAGCCCCUGAAGUCAUUUUGGGUCUUCCAUAUGACCAAAAGAUUGACUUAUGGUCUCUCGGCUGCAUCUUGGCUGAGCUAUGUUCUGGGGAAGUGCUGUUUCCGAAUGAUGCGGUAGUAAUGAUCCUUGCGCGAAUGAUUGGUAUGCUAGGCCCUAUUGAUUUGGAGAUGUUGGCGAGGGGGCAGGAGACGAACAAAUACUUUACAAAAGAAUAUGAUCUCUACUAUUUAAAUGAGGAAACAAACCAAGUGGAGUAUAUAAUCCCAGAGGAGUCCUCGUUGGAGCAUCAUAUGCAAACUUAUGAUAAAGGAUUUAGCGACUUCCUGAGAACCUUGCUUGAGGUCAAUCCCCUGAGGCGCCCAACUGCAAGGGAAGCACUAGAUCACCCUUGGCUUUCAUAUUCUUACGAGUCAAAUUCUCCCUGAAUUUAUAGAGGAUUUGUCAUUCUUGUUGAUAUGUUUAUGUCUGUUUAGUACACGAUUGCGAGCCAGAAAAAAAAAAAUACUCAGUGCGCGCAAGACCGGAGCACAAAUGUCCGAUCUCAGUUUUGGUUUGACGUGAAUGCAGCCACACCAGCUUACUGAACUAAGUUGCACAUGCUUGUUAAUCAACACAUAAUUUUUCUGUACAGAAGGUUGUCUGCAUAUUUUUUUGAUUCUAUUGGUUGGGGGUCCUUAUGUAGAUUGAACACUGUUUCAUUGAUUGUCAUAAACAAGGGUACAAUAAAUCUGAUCCAUUACAUUGCUUUGGGUUCUUCA